AUGUUUGCGAGCAAAAAAGUCGAACAGCUUAUAGCAGAGGGCGGUGAAUUCAUGAUUGACUUGUCGCAGAAGCUAGCCCGACGACUUACCGUGAUUGGCAUAGAUGCCCAAUCAUUGGAGGAACAGAUUGAUGAGCUUCAGGUAAAGAGCUAG